AUGUUGACAGGGAGUGUAACCUCAUUCAUGAAGUUAUGGCCAACCUUUGUGCCAUAUGAAUAUGGAUUUCGAGUUAUACUAUUUACAUACUGUUUGAUCAUAGUUUCGGGGUAUCGAACAGGGAAUCCAAUAAGAACAUCGAUUGAACGACUUUACUCAAUCGCUAUUGGUGCAAUUAUAGCAAUAGCAGUGAAUACUUUGAUUUUCCCUAUAUGGGCUGGUGAGCAGUUGCAUAAGGAACUUGUCAAAAGCUUCAAUUCAGUAGCAGAUUCACUUGAAGAAUGUGUGAAUAAGUACUUAAGCAAUGAUGGAUCAGAUCAUUCAGAGGUCACCAAUACUCUCAUGGACGAAUUCCCAGACGAGCCUCAAUACAAAAAAUGCCGAUCUACACUGAACUCAUCAGCUAAACUCGAGUCCUUGGCUCUUUCGGCUAAAUGGGAGCCACCACAUGGCAGGUUCCGGCACUUGUUCUAUCCAUGGAGUGAAUAUGUCAAAGUUGGCGCUGCCUUACGAUAUUGUGCAUAUGAGGUGAUGGCACUGCAUGGCGUUCUUCACUCAGAAAUUCAGGCACCAUAUAAUUUAAGAUCCAUAUUCAAAACAGAGAUAUCAGAAGCAACACACAAGGCUGCAGAGUUGAUGAGAUGUCUGGGAAAAGAUAUAUAUGACAUGAAGCAGACCAUUAAAUCUACUUUAGUGAGAAGCGUACACAGCUCAUCUGAAAGACUCCAAAGAGCAAUAGAAACACAUGCGUAUCUUCUUGCAUCUAGUUAUCAAAUUCCUGAUCAUAACUCAUCAAUCCCACUCCCUAUCAAUGGUUUAUCAAAGUCAAACCAGCUGGCUGAGUUUAAAAAAGAGAAGGAAGAAGAAGGUGAGAUGAACUCCCAAAGGAUACUCUCAGUCUCAUGGGAGAGCACUGCAGCACUGUCACUUGCUACUUUUACUUCACUGUUAAUAGAGUUUGUGGCUCGCCUUGAUCAUUUGGUUGAAGCUGUCCACCACCUUUCCCAGAUGGCCAAAUUCCAACAUGAGAGUUUAUGAAGAAGAAAUAUAACGGGG